AAGCGCCGACAGAGUGUGUCGCCUCUGGUAUACUCUGUGGUUAACAUGUUCCGUAAAUGUUUCAAUUCCUUGAAGUGACUACAUAUUUAUGUAUAUUCUUUGUGUCAUUGUUUUUAAUGACGGCUACAUUUUGAAAGGAAAUUAACAGUGAUUCUCACUGAUUCGCAUCCAUGGCUCUACGUAUGAUGUCAGCAAUAGUGCCAGGCACUCAUAAUGUAAUUGAUUCUAAUCAAAGUUAUGAUCAUGCUGCAGAACGACAAAAGUUGUUAGAAGAUUUAUUAGCUGCUGCAAAAAAGUGUCAUGUUAGAUUUGGUGGGCGUACUGAACUAGCAACUGAAUCAGAUAUAUGUGUCAUACAACUAUGUCAUAUAUUUGAAUCAAUUUUUAGUCAUGGAUUGCGUACAAAUUGUAUUGAAAAGAUUAAUUCAGCUUUAAGGCAUGUCUCAGAUAUAGUAUCUGGUAGUAGUACAAAAUUGUACAAUACAUCGGAUAUGGCAUUCUGGCCAUGUAUAAAGGAGCAAUUGACAUGGCAUGAACAGGAACGUUUUGGUAUAUUAAAAAAGGUACACACAGAUUAUGGUCGGGGAAGAGCAUGGCUUAGAGCUGUUUUGAAUGAACGUUCUUUAGAACGUCAUUUACAUGCUAUACUUGAUCCAGCUAUCUUAUCACCUUUUUAUGAGGAUUGGGCAUUUCUACGUGAUCAGGAACGAAGCUCCGUACUGCCAAAUGUAGCUGCAGGACUUGGUAGCAUUUUAUUUGCAAUUAGGAUAGACAAUGAUGAAUUGGAUAACAACUUAACAGGAAAGGAAAUUGAGAAACAAAAAGUUUCAUUGUCUGAACCCAUUAUAUCAUCUGCAAUUCCAGGAUCUACCCUAAAGCAAAAACCAAGGAAAAAAGUGCCAACUCAUAUAAUUUCUUUUGAUAAUGAGAAUGAAGAACAUGAGACUAGUGAAACUACAGCUUCAGUUAGUGCACCUCCAACCUGUCUUAAUUCCCCUGCAGUGGCAACAGUAAAAAAUUCUGAGUUACCUAGUUUAUCAGGACUACAGUCUCAACCAGAAACAAAUGAUAGUGACAUAAUAGUUGAUAAAGAACCUUCUGCAUGGGAAAAAUGUGAAACAUUUGAAGAAGAAAAAGUAUUAACUCCAGUUACAGAUUCUGGUAAUAUGGGUGGACUUGUUCCCGUAUCCCCUUUAGAUCAAACAUUAGACGAUAUGUUAAUAGCAUUGCCAAACUAUUUAGAUGAUACGUCUGAAGUAACAGAAGCUGCAGUGGAAGCUACUGAACCCCUUGAAAAUUUAGACAUGCAACCAGAUGUAGAAGAUAUGGAUGUAAAAACGUUACAAGUAAGACUUUUAGCUAUGACUGAAGUGUUAGAACAGGCUAAAGAAGAUGCUAUGGCUAGUAGGUCACAGCUUACUCGUUUGCAAAGGCAACAUCAAAAUUAUCUUGAAAGACACGAAUUACAAAUACAAACGUUAAACAGAGAAAACGAAUUGUUAAGGCAACAAUUGCGUAAAUAUGUAACUGCGGUACAAAUGUUAAGAAGAGAUUCUGAUUCCACUACAGUAUCUGAAGAAGGUCCAUCAUUAGAUUAUCAUGACGAAGCUCAACAAUAUGAAGAGAAAUUAAUUCAAGUCGCGGAAAUGCAUGCGGAAUUAAUGGAAUUUAAUGCUAGAUUAACUUUACAGUUGAAUGAGAGGGAUAGAUUACUUAAAUUAUUACAAGCGGAAUUAGAAUGUCUGCGUGGUCCUUUAAAUGAAGAUGACUUACCGUUGGAACCUCCAUGUCUCAUUCAUAUAUGGAUUCCAUCUGCGUUUCUUACUGGUCAACCUUCUGACAUACAUCACGUUUAUCAGAUAUAUGUACGUAUUAGAGAUACUGAAUGGAAUAUCUAUAGACGAUACGCGCAAUUUUACACGCUUUACAGAGAAUUAAAAAAACACGAUGCAAUCGUUACUACAUUUGAAUUUCCACCAAAGAAGACAAUAGGAAAUAAGGAUGCUAAGUUUGUAGAAGAAAGACGACAAAAAUUACAACAUUGGUUAAGACGGGUUGUCGGGAGAUUAGCACAAUGUUCUCCUGCAUUUGCAUCUAGACCAAAUAGACAAACACUUGUAUCACUAAUACCUUUUUUUGGCGAUACUCCUAAUACUCAGGAUUCGAGGAAAAAUAACUCUACAAAAAAUACGUUUUCUUCUUCCCCUCAAUAUAUGGGUUUAUAAUUAUUAACGUUUUUUAUAGACAAUUUGUACAUAUACGAAGCUUUUUUAAUUUUAUGUAUAAAACAGUUACGUUAUUCUAUACCUGUGUGUAUAUAUAUAUAAAUUCAAUUGUUGACAACUGAGAGAAACGAGCAUAUGCUUGUGUGUAUACAAUCAUAAUUAAUACACAUCCACACAUAUGCUGGUUAUAUGAUAAUGUGUAUAAAAGUAACAUGUAGUAAAAAUAAUUAAAAGUUAAUCAUUUUUUACAGAAAUAUGUAUUAUUUUUUUUUUAGAAAUGUUUAUGUGCAAUAUCGUCUAAAAGACUAACUCGUGUUAAGAGAAAAAUUUUGGUCCUAUUUUGAAUCUUUCAAUCGGAUAAAAAAAUAUAUUUCUUACGAACUAUAUAAAUCUGUUAUAUCUUUUAUAUUUUAGAAUAAACAUAUUAAAAAAUAUUUUUUUAACGUGUAUGUGUUAUAAAAUAAAUGAUAAUUAAAAAUGUAUAUAAAAAGGUUAAUACUAGGGAUGUGCAGGUAAUCGAAGUUUUAAGUUUCGUUACUUUAGGAAUUUCAAAUAGCGAGAAUUAGCUACUUGGCAAUAAUCAGACUGGGUACCCGUACAUUCCUAAUUUAAUACACGAACGAAAAUGAAUUCUAAAAAGGAAAGAUCGCAAACAAAUGCAAAGAGUACAAAAAAGAAAGUAUCAUACUUUGUUCUUACGAUUAAAUUGUACAAUACCGUGUUCAAUCCCGUUUUCUAAAAAUUUUAUUCAUGUAAGGCGCCUUAACAAUAAUAUAAAAAGGUACACUUUUCCAUUUAUACUUUAUGAUAAAAAUAAAAGUGCAUAUUGUUAUUGGAACAAGUACAUACAAUAUUAUGCUGGUAAAUAAUACAACUAAUCGCAUAUAAGAUUCACAGGUUUAACAAGUUGCGUAGGAGUCUCACUAUGGAGAGGUAAGAUAAGAGAAUUUCAUGAACAACCAAUUCUCGAAGAACGUAUCCGCCCGUAGAUCUUUGUUCCUCAAGUUUAACGCUUGUCAAAUAAUAAAUACAUGUUAUAACAAUGAAAUUUCGAACGUUGACAUUGGUAUUUGUACUAAGCAUACAGACAGCGUUUUUUUUUACCUUUCCAUAUUGAGAUAUAAAAGUUUCUUGUAAUAGCAAAGUUUAUCGAGUUAUUAAUAUAAUUAUCCUUAAUACCUUGACCGCCGAGUUUGGAACCAUAAUGUAUUUUUUUCUCGUUACAAAGGAACCAACAGUACAUUCGUACAUUUUAUUGUUAUAUCGUAGUUAGACAAUGUUACGACAGGAGUAUUUAUAUUGUAGCUCAAACGAGCAACAAAAUAACGGACAAAUCUCGAUAAAUCGAUAUUCGUCACUUUCUGAGUUCGAGUCGCUUACACUUAAUUCGAUAUCGUGUGUAUCGAAAAGUAAGACAUUGUUGUGAUGGCAGUCAAUGUAUUAAUUGCAAUUACAUACGCUUAAAACGAAUCUAUGGAAUCUAUGUUUAUAGCGCAUCGCAAUCAUAGCAUCAUAAUCAUAGUAAGUUUCAUAACAUAACGAAUAUGUGAUUAGAUUACUUAUAAAAUCGAUUACAAAUCAGACACAGUCAUUUCAAAUCGAUAUCAUACAAUAUAUUUUGUCUUGUGUUAGGGAGGAAAAAUAAUCGGAUACAUCGAGGUGAAUGAAUUCUUAAUAUUUCGAUAAGGAUACCAUGAAUUAAUUGUUUAAUUCACUGAAUGUAGGAAAGUAUGAAUACAAAUUCGUAUCGAAAACAUAGAAAAAAUUAAGAUUAGAAGCGAAUAAAAAUGUUUUUAAUUAUAGUGUAAUCUCAUCAUAUGGCUCCCAGUUAUAUGGCCCACUUGAAAGAGUCCUUCACACGAACUUUCACGCACACAUUAAGAUCAUCGCAAUUUCAAAGACUGCCAAUUAUUUCUGAUCGCAAAUUUUUAUCAACAAAAUUUUUUAAUUUAAAUUUUAUAAAUUUUGAACAAGAAAAAUAUAACAAUUUUCAAAUUUAAAGAUUGCGAUAACAGAAAGUGAGUAACGUCAUUGAAAAUUUUGAUAAUUAAGUGCUACAUGGAAGUUCUUUAAAAAUGGCCCAUCAUUUUUUUUAGUCUGUAUAGCCUCGCCCAGGGCCAUGUAACGAGACUCCACUGUAUAUGAAUUUAAAAAAUUUUCAAAUAUAAAUAAAGUAUCGUAACGAUAAAAUACUCAAAAAUAAGGCAAUAAUAUAUAUUUAUAUAUAUAUUUUUUGUUUAUGUACUAAAUCUUAUAUCUUAAUUUGCUUUUAUACUUUGAAAUUUGAUAAUGCACGAAAAAUACAAUGUAUAACUUAAUUAUCGCUUAAAGAGUAUUUUAUUCCGUAGAAAAUAUAAGUUCAUUUAUACAUAUAACGUUUAAUGAAAAUUCAUCGGGAUUGAGAAAGUAAAUCUCAAUUACGAAAAAAUUAAGAUACUUUACAAUACUGAUUACGCGGUGCUUAAUCGAAAAACUAUAAACUUUAUCGAUAUCUCGAAUUACGAUUCACAGAGAUGCGUGUAACCAUCUAUUAUUUAAAUUUAACGUUCUAUCGUCGGAAUAAACGAUAGUUUCAAAUGAACAAGGAUAAACAGUAAUAAAAUGUAAAAUACGUUUAAUAUAAAAAGAAAGAAAAACAUAUUUUCGACAUUAUAAUAAAAUUUCAAAUAAAAUGAAUCAAUUUCAAUAUUAAAAAUUUUUAAUCAACGCUAAAAAAAAAUAUAUUAGAAUCAACUUUUACUAUGAUUUUGACAAUUGCAUUGUGCCGUUCAGAAAAGGAGUCUAAUCUCAGUUGACUAUGGACAGCUCGUGUUAUGGUAAUUCUUUUUAUACAUAUUUUUUUUUUUAAAGUUCGCAUUGUUCCACAAGUUAUUUAUUUUUUUUUUUUCUUCGUUCAACGAACUUUCGCGAGACGCAUGAAAAGUAUAGAAUUCGUUGGCCUUAGUCACUACGUUCCGUACAAAGGUUUCAUCGUAAACGGCUUUAAAUUAUUAUUUACAUUUACUAGCUCUCUUCGCUGACUAAUUUUGAUUUAGCCCUAGGACAGACUAGAGGGUGAAUAGAUCCUUAUUUAUAAAUUAUUGAUUUUCGAUGUACCGUUGCGAACCUACUUGCGUGUUUAUGAUUUUGAGUUGUAAGAUACUCUUUUGUAUAUUACAAAAAUUCAUUACCUAAACACAUUGUACAAUUUUUCAACAAGACAAACACCAAAAAGAUAUUUUCAUAACGUAGAAAAUUAUACUAUAUUUAAACAAGUAGUACAAUUUAAUUGCGAACAUAUAAGUUUUUUAACAAUCAAUUUAUAUUCUGUUGCAUAGAAUAAGAAAUGAUUAAACAGUAUUUCAUAUAUUUAUUAUAAAACAAUAAAUAGAUAAAAGCUAUAUUUAACUUUACUAAAUAGGUAAAAACUUAUUCGACUUUCGAAAAUUGUAUGUAGGAAAAAAUUUGUAUAACGCUGAGCAUCUUACAAAUUAAAAUGAUACAUUCAACAAGUUUGCUUUUUUAUCUUGCUGUUGUGUAAAAUACUACAACGAUACGUCUGAACAGUCCUAGGGAUAAAUAAAUUCGUAAUUGACAUAAUCAUUUUGCCAUUCUGAAGCCUGCUCAGAUUUAGAUAUGUAAAGAGAAUGUACCGAACAGUAGUCACAUAAGGAUUGUUUAGUUAACGAAUUAUAAAGAGUACCUAUAUUGUUUCAUAGGUAACCAGAGAAAUUUGAGCCUAAUCUUUUCUUUAACUUUAAAUUUAGGUAUAUCCAAAUAACAGGUAAUCUUUAGUUUAGCAGUCUUUACACACAUUCCUCUGUUUUCAUGAAAUUGACAACAAAAGCUAACAAUAAUGAUAACACAUUAUGCAAGUACAUGAAGGUUAAAAAGUGGAGCCUCA